CCAAAGAACCGCCCAGUCAGCUGUGUUGUUAAAUGUCAGUUAGCCAGCCAACAGAAAAUAACAAGCUAUUUUGGCGUUGACAUUAUGGAUAAAAAUGCUACGCGAUUCAAUGUACAACUGUAUAUUUAUGAUCUGUCGAAAGGAAUGGCUCGCAACCUCAGUCCUAUCAUGUUAGGAAAGCAAUUGGAUGGCAUCUGGCACACAGCUAUAGUGGCAUACGGUGAUGAGUUCUUCUUUGGAGGGGAGGGGAUCUCCAGCUGUUCACCGGGUGGGACCAUGCUGGGUCCUCCAGACACAGUGGUAGAGCUGGGUGAGACUGAAGUGUCGGAGGAGAUUUUCAUGGAUUACCUCUCCUCCCUGGGAGAAAGCUCAUACAGAGGUGACAGGUAUCGUCUAUUCGAGCACAACUGCAACACCUUCACCAACGAGGUGGCUCAGUUCCUGACAGGACGGUCCAUCCCCUCCUACAUCACCGACCUUCCAUCUGAAGUCCUCUCCACGCCGUUCGGCCAGAUACUGCGGCCCAUUCUAGACUCCAUCCACAUCGCCCCUCCAGGAGGCAACGUCAUCAACGGGGGAAGAAACAUGUAACCCGAGAGAGCAGCAGAGUCCCAGAGUGUUCCCGAGGUCACUUCCAUUGUAGUCAGUCAGUGAGGAGUCUCAAACUUAUUGUCUUUCUUUCUGUAAAUAAAUGACACACUAGCACCGGAGCUGACCGCAUUUUUGGAAGCUAUAACUGAUUACUGACCAGUUAAUUUUUAAAAUACAUAAUUUAACAUAAUUUCCUCCCUAAAAUGUAGUUUUAUAGAUUUACAUAUAGGUUUAUCGAUACUACUUAGGGAGAUCUCACAGAUCUUGAAGUUUGAGGAUGCAUCUAGCAUCAAAUCACAUGAGGAUGCACUGAUCAGCCCUUCAAAAACAGAUGGGAUUUUGGGUUUAGCAGCAUAGCCAGAUAUAAAAACAGUUACUUUCCUACACAAAAAAAUUACUUUGAUGAAUGUUGCCUUCUUAGAAAUAAGUCUUUGGAAAGUCAGAUAUCCAGUUAAACUGUUUCAGAAGUGAAAUGGUACUUAUUAUAUAGUAUAUAUUGUAAUUAUAUUUAGAUGCAACUUAAUUUAGCUCAGCUUAAUUUCUACUUUUACUCCACAACAUAGAAAUAUUGCACUUUUUACUCCACUGCAUUUAUCCGAUAGCUGUAAACCACAUACAACAUUAAAAUACCUCUUGCACAUAGUGCAGCCAGCUUAUUUAGUACCUUAACUUUUGUACUGAGGUACAAAAUGCUCCUUUACUUUUUAUUUUCACCAGUUUUAGGUAUUGCAAUGUUUAUUUAACCACUUUUAUUUUUCAUUUUUCAUCACUGACAUUAUUACCAACAUCAGGUGUCUGCAGUGAGAAUCAUCUGCUGCUGACUACAAUGGAAUUAAUCUUAGUGUUAAACAAAAUGUACACUUUGCAUAGAUAUGUUUAAUAUAUUCAAUUCAAUGGAUUCAGGUUGAUGGAAAAUAAGAUGGUUGCAUCUUAGAGAGUUUUUUAAUGUCAAUCAUGUUUUAAUUUUGCACUUUUCUGACUUUUGGUAGCCUGUAGUUAAGUUCCCAUCAGUAAUCCUUUUCUUCCUGUAAUAUGUGUCUUUACUGUUUCUGGUCAAUUCAGCUCUUCUGUGUUCGCCUGCCUGCUGUACCUCACAUUAUCAUUCCAUUUAUCACAUCUUUUGUAACAUAACAUACAAAAACAUGUUGAGUGUAUAUCUUUAUAGCAGUACUGGGGGACAGUUCAUUGUAAAUGCAGUUAUUCCUGCGUGUAUGAAAGUAAACCCUUGUUGACAUUUGUUGAUGGCAGACAAAAGUGUAUGUCAUGCAAGGCAACAAGAACGCACAAAAAACAGUUCCAGGUGCUGUAAAAACAAUUUCCUAGGCAAUCCUGGCCUUUAAAAAACAGAAACAUAUUUCUUGGUCAGACAGAAUCAAUAAUAUGGUAUUUUGGUAUUAAAUCUACUCUCUGAUAUAACUGAAAGUGAACUGCACCACAGCUCUGUUAUAUGACAUAUGUUGUGCCUCUUGGCCCGUGUUACCAGCUCCACAGGGAGAUGCUGAUCGUUGAAGCAUUUUGUUAUACAAUUCUUUGAGAAACACAUGCUUUAGUUGCCAUGUAGAUAAUCCUAAACAACUUCACAUCCACAGAUUUUUAAAUGUAGAAUUGACCAUAUGCUGUAUUAUCAACUUAAUAACAACCUGCUUGAGUCCUUUAACAGCCACCAGAGUGUGUUUGAUAUACAAUACACCUCUGUGCCUUCAUUCCCCUCUGCUUGGCUACAGUCACACUGUUGGGAGUUGGCAUGGUUAUCGUACAGCACAGAUGGUAACGUCCUACGCAGUCUGCAUUCAAAAUCUAACACUUGGCUUACUGUAUGAAGGUCCAGAAAUCCUAUAAUACACAAAUGAGGUGAAAAGGGGUCAGAGGUAGUAAGGAUCCCUCAACUCACUAAUAUUAACAAUGCAUUCAAUUCUGCAGGAAACUGUAGGAGACACUUGAAAAUCCUCCAGAUUAUACAACAUCUGGAUCCAGUAAUACUCAUAGCCUAUAAUCUUAGUGCGUAAUACACUGGACUCUGCCACCAGAAAGAACACACAGCUGUCUAAUUUAAAGAUAAUGCAUAGAUCACCUGUUUUUUGGGGGUUAAUCUGACUAAGACAGUGUUACACACAUGAACCAUAUUGAACCUCAUGAGCCUGAACAGAGUGAUGGAUGAAAGAAGCACAGAAAAACAAGAGAGCUCACAGAGUGAUUAAACCAGCAUUAACUAUCAUAGUGUUCUCCUGCAUCAUCCAUCUUUCACUCUGCACUCAUUUCACUAGUGCAUCUGCACAGGAAUAUUGGAUGUGCAACAAUACAAAACUUUAUUUUUCAAAAGGUUUAAACUGACAUUUGUAUGAUGUAUUAAUAACUAAGUAUUUGGCGACUUUUAUGUUAAUUUCCCUUUAAAGGUUCAGUGUGUAAGAUUUAGUGGCAUCUAGCGGUGAGGGCUACGAAUUGCAACUAAUUGGCUCAUGGUGCAUUUACAUGCUCCACGGACGGUCCCAUUUCCCGAGUUGUGAAGUCGUUCUCCCGACUUCAUUGUGUGUUCAUGUGCUCUUAAGUCGGAAUGUGGAAUCAACAUGGACGCUACUACAAAGAUGUGUUGGAUUAGCAUUAUUAGAGCAUAUAAACAACACGGAGACAUCUAGUUUACUCUACCUGUACAGCAAACUAACCAUUUUACAAAUUACAUGUUUGCAAAAUAUGUAUUUGCAAUACAUGAUUUUGCGCAAAUCAAAGUUCUGUAUACUUCCCUAUGUCCCAUGUACACUUUAUUUCUCUUUUUACAAUAAAGAUUUUAGGAGUAAAAAAAAGAUUCUCAUUAUUCCAACACCACGGUGUCUGACACACUCUUGCUCUUGUGCUAAAUAAUAAAAUGUUAUUCUCCAUUUGGCCAUGUUUCUUCUAAUAAACCAGUUGACAAAAGGCACUCUGUAGAGCCGUCUACUGUAGAAACAUGGCAGUGCAACAUGGCGACUUCCAUGUAAGGGGACACGCAGUGUAUGUAGAUAGAAAUGGCUCAAUCUAAAGUAAUAAAAACAUAACGGUUCUUUACAUGAGGUCUUUAUACACCACUGAAAACAUAGUCAUGUAUAUCGUAGUGCAUUUCUGUCAAUAGAGCCUCCUAAAUGUUACACACUGAACCUUUCAGAGGCUAGAAAGCUCAGGUGAAUCUGGGUUCUGCUACUUUGCCUUCUGCUAACUAACUGACAUGCUAAAAGACUGCUGAAAUGUAUAACUGCAGAAGUCCCCUUUGUUGCUCUGAUAUAUGUCGUUGCUGGCUGCUACCUGUAAUGUGAAAUUGCAAUAGUUCUGGAUAUUAUUCCCUAUUUAAGUAAUCUAACUAAAACAGAUAGGUUUAUGCAUAUUGUUUGUAUGGUUUGUGUAAUUGUUUUUGUAAUUCUACCUACAUAUAAAGCCAUUGACUGCAAA